AUGCUUCCAUAUUCCAAACUAAACCCAAUGCUCUGUCGUUCUCUACAAUCUCCUCACAUACUCUUCUCUUUCCGAUCAUUGCCUUUUACUCUAAUCCCAAUCCCAAACCCUUCAAUCCGAUCCUCACCACACCGUCUCUUUUCUUCUUCGUGGCUAUCUGAACCGGGAAACCCAAUCAUCCAAUGGCCUUCAAUACCCACACCAACCGCCCCUCGCAACCCCAAACCCAACCCCGACCCUAACCCUACACCCGACGCCACCUCUCCAAACUCAAACGCAUUCUCCCUCAUUUCCAACCUCUUCACGGACCCUUCCGUCUCGCCCGGUCCGGUCCUCCACGCCCAACUCGAACGGUUCGCCAUCGAACCAGACCCGGCCCUCCUGCUCACCGCCUUCGAUCGCUUCGGCUCGUCUCCCAAGCUCCUCCACUCGCUCUUCCUUUGGGCCCAGACACGGCCUGGGUUCAGGCCCGGCCCGAAGCUCUUUGACGCCGUCGUCAAUGCGCUCGCGAAGGCGAGGGAGUUUGACGCCGCGUGGAAACUCGUUCUCGAUCACGUCGAUGGAGACGGGGAAGAAGAAAACGAAAGCUUGGUUUCAGUUGGGACCUUUGCCAUCAUGAUUCGACGCUACUCGCGAGCAGGUAUGUCGAAGCUUGCAAUUAAAACAUAUGAGUUUGCUAAAAAUAACAAGUCAAUUGUGGAUUCAGGCUCAGAAAUGAGUUUAUUUGAGAUAUUGAUGGAUUCACUUUGUAAAGAAGGGUCUGUGAGGGAAGCUUCAGAGUAUUUCCUUUGGAGAAAGGAGUUGGACAUAAGUUGGGUUCCUUCUAUUCGGGUUUAUAACAUAAUGUUAAAUGGAUGGUUUCGGUCGAGGAAACUCAAGCAGGGUGAGAGGCUCUGGGCAGAGAUGAAGAAGGAGAAUGUGAGACCAAGUGUUGUGACAUAUGGUACCCUUGUGGAAGGAUAUUGUCGGAUGCGCCGUGUGGAAAAAGCACUUGAAAUGGUUGGUGAUAUGACGAGAGAAGGAAUUGCACCAAAUGCAAUUGUAUACAACCCAAUUAUUGAUGCUCUGGCAGAAGCUGGAAGAUUCAAAGAGGCUUUGGGUAUGUUGGAACGAUUUCAUGUUUUGGAAAUUGGCCCUACUGAUUCAACAUACAAUUCUCUCAUAAAAGGGUUUUGUAAGGCAGGAGAUCUUGCAGGUGCCAGUAAGAUUCUUAAAAUGAUGUUAAGUAGGGGUUUCAUCCCAAGUCCUACCACCUAUAACUACUUUUUCAGGUAUUUUUCAAGAUGUGGAAAAAUUGAAGAGGGGAUGAACCUGUAUACAAAGAUGAUUGAGUCUGGUUAUACCCCAGAUCGCUUAACUUACCAUCUUUUGCUGAAGAUGUUAUGUGAAGAGGGGAAGUUAGACUUGGCAGUUCAAGUUUGCAAGGAAAUGAGGCAUAAUGGAUAUGACAUGGAUUUGGCUACCAGUACCAUGUUUAUUCAUUUGCUUUGCAAAAUGCAUAGGUUGGAAGAAGCUUUUCUCGAAUUUGAGGACAUGAUUAGAAGGGGCAUUGUUCCUCAGUAUCUCACUUUCCAGAGAAUGAAAGCUGAGUUAAAGAGACAAGGUAUGACUGAAAUGGCUCAAAAGCUUUGCAAGUUGAUGUCUUCUGUUCCUUAUUCUACCAACUUGCCAAAUACCUAUGGCGGAGACAGAGAAGAUGCUCAUACACGAAGAAAAUCUAUAAUUCGGAAAGCUAAAGCAUUUUCUGACAUGCUGAAGGAUUGUAAGGACCCAAGUGAACUUCGUCGGUAUAGAAAUUCAUCAGAAAAUGCUGUCUCAAGCGCAAACUAUAUGAUAGAUGAUAUUGAGGGAAAAAGAAAACAGAAUAAACAUCUCUGA